GAUACAGGGACUCUGGGACUUGUGGGACUGUGGCCGUUUUCGCAGUUUGGGCUGGACGAAAAAGACGGGUAGCCGCUGUCUGGAAGGGCUGUAGGGUGUGCGAGCUGACCCCGCCUCGCCUUUCCUGCCUAGCCCUCGUUCCGCGGACCCGGCCGCGCCCGGUCCUUGCGCGACGCUCCCCGGCCGCGGCCGCCUGGUCAGGCGCUGGAGGCCGGAGUCCCGCGGCCUGUGCUGGGUCCGCGCACACCCACGGCGGCGGAUGGGCGGCCGGGGCGGCCGGGCCUGAGCGCGGCCAGGGCUUUCAGGGCUGGCUGGUGGCAGAAUGGACACCCUGGAGGAGGCGACUUGGGCCAAUGGGAGCACAGCGCUACCCCCACCCCUGGCACCAAACAUCAGUGUGCCUCAUCGCUGCCUGCUGCUGCUCUAUGAAGACAUUGGCACCUCCAGGGUCCGGUACUGGGACCUCUUGCUGCUCAUCCCCAAUGUGCUCUUCCUCAUCUUCCUGCUCUGGAAGCUUCCAUCUGCUCGGGCCAAGAUCCGCAUCACCUCCAGCCCCAUUUUUAUCACCUUCUACAUCCUGGUGUUUGUGGUGGCGCUGGUGGGCAUUGCCCGGGCCGUGGUAUCCAUGACGGUGAGCACCUCGAACGCUGCAACUGUUGCUGAUAAGAUCCUGUGGGAGAUCACCCGCUUCUUCCUGCUGGCCAUCGAGCUGAGUGUGAUCAUCCUGGGCCUGGCCUUUGGCCACCUGGAGAGCAAGUCCAGCAUCAAGCGGGUGCUGGCCAUCACCACAGUGCUGUCUCUGGCCUACUCUGUCACCCAGGGCACCCUGGAGAUCCUGUACCCUGAUGCCCAUCUCUCAGCUGAGGACUUUAAUAUCUAUGGCCAUGGGGGCCGCCAGUUCUGGCUGGUCAGCUCCUGCUUCUUCUUCCUGGUCUACUCUCUGGUGGUCGUCCUUCCCAAGACCCCGCUGAAGGAGCGCAUCUCCCUGCCUUCUCGGAGGAGCUUCUACGUGUAUGCGGGCAUCCUGGCACUGCUCAACCUACUGCAGGGGCUGGGGAGUGUGCUGCUGUGCUUGGACAUCAUUGAGGGGCUCUGCUGUGUAGAUGCCACAACCUUCCUGUACUUCAGCUUCUUUGCUCCGCUCAUCUACGUGGCUUUCCUCCGGGGCUUCUUUGGCUCAGAGCCCAAGAUCCUCUUCUCCUACAAAUGCCAAGUGGACGAGACAGAGGAGCCGGAUGUACACCUACCCCAGCCCUACGCUGUGGCCCGGCGGGAGGGCCUGGAGGCUCCAGGGGCUGCUGGGGCCUCAGCUGCCAGCUACUCAAGCACGCAGUUUGACUCUGCUGGCGGGGUGGCCUACCUGGAUGACAUCGCUUCCAUGCCCUGCCACACUGGCAGCAUCAACAGCACAGACAGUGAGCGCUGGAAGGCCAUCAAUGCCUGAGAGCAGCUGCCAGGGCCUGCGGAGGACAGGCCAGAAUGGAGGCCAGCGGGCCCAGAGUCCCCGGGGGAGGAGGACCAGGUCAAGGGACCUUCUGUGGGCGGUAGCCCUGUGUGCCCUGUUCCCACCAUGAGUCUGGAGGCCCCACCUCCCUGGGGCUCCCAAUCCCCUUUGCCAUCUCUGCUCUCACUGGGGACCCUCCUCCCUUCCCACCUGGUCUCAUACUGCUCAGCGACAUGGCCUGGGCUUUCCUUCCAGGGCCAUGCUUGGCAAGGUUGGCUGAGGGCACCCCUCCUUCUCUGCAUCCUUGGCACGAGGGCAGGGCUGGCUCUCCCAAUGCCUCCAUCCCAUCCCCAUGGUGCUUUGGCCUCCUCAAAGUCCACUGUGGUGGAUGGACUGAAGUGUGUAUAUUUUCUUGAUCUAUUUUUUAAUAAAAAAGAAAAGGAGCAGAA